GCGGGCGCGGGGCGCUGGGCAGGCUCCGGGGGGCCUUGAACGGAGCGCUGCCUGCGGCGGCGGCGACACUCGGAGCGGCAGCGCGGCGGGCUCCGGCGCGCGGCGGCGGCGGCGGGGCGGGCGAGCCCACGGCGCGGCGCCCCCCGCCCCGCCCGCGCUGCGGAGAAUGGGCACCUCGGGCUGCCGGGCGCCGCUGGAGGAUAGACCCCGGUGAUCACCGGUUGAGCCCGCGCCGCCACCAUGUCCGUGGCCUUCGCGUCCGCGCGGCCGAGAGGCAAAGGAGAGGUCACGCAGCAAACCAUUCAAAAGGACUGCAGAUGUGGCCACUGGGCCUGUCCAGUUCUUCCUUCUUAAGAGUGUCCACGGAAAGGUCUCUGGGGACGAGGAGGCAGCAGGUGUCAUGGGCUCUGCCCCACGGAAGGCAUGGUCUCUCCAGAUGCUGGAUGAGAACCACCACCUGAUCCAGUGCAUCCUGGACUACCAGAGCAAGGGCAAGACGGCCGAGUGCACACAGUACCAGCAGAUCCUGCACCGGAACCUGGUCUACCUGGCCACCAUAGCCGACUCCAACCAGAACAUGCAGUCGCUGCUGCCCGCCCCGCCGACCCAGAACAUGAACCUGGGCCCCGGAGCACUGAGCCAGAGCGGUUCCAGCCAGGGCCUGCACCCACAAGGCAGCCUCAGUGACGCCAUCAGCACGGGCCUGCCCCCGGCCUCUCUCAUGCAGGGCCAGAUUGGCAAUGGUCCCAGUCACGUGUCCAUGCAGCAGACGGUGCAGAGCACCCUGCCCACAACCUCCAUGAGCAUGUCCGGCAGUGGCCACGGCACGGGGCCUGGCUACAGCCACUCGGGACCCGCCUCACAGAGUGUCCCCAUGCAGGGCCAGGGUGCCAUCAGCAACUACGUGUCUCGGACCAACAUCAACAUGCAAUCCAACCCAGUCUCCAUGAUGCACCAGCAGGCGGCCACGUCCCACUACACCUCAGCGCAGGGCGGGAGCCAGCACUACCAGGGCCAGUCGUCCAUGGCCAUGAUGGGCCAGGGCGGCCAGGGCAGCAGCAUGAUGGGGCAGCGGCCCAUGGCGCCUUACCGGCCCUCGCAGCAAGGCUCUGCGCAGCAGUACCUGGGCCAGGAGGAGUACUACAGCGAGCCGUAUGGCCACAGCCAGGGCGCCUCGGAGCCCAUGAGCCAGCAGUACUACCCCGAGGGCCACAGCGACUAUGCCUACCAGCCGUCGUCCUACUCUGAGCAGAGCUAUGAGCGCUCGUUCGAGGAGUCCACGCAGCACUACUACGAGGGCGGGAACUCGCAGUACAGCCAGCAGCAGGCCGGGUACCAACAGGGCACUGCCCAGCCACAGACCUACUCCCAGCAGCAGUACCCCAACCAGCAGAGCUACCCCGGGCAGCAGCAGGGCUAUGGGCCUGCCCAGGGCGCCCCCUCGCAGUACUCCAGCUACCAGCAGGGACAAGGCCAGCAGUACGGGGGCUACAGAGCGUCGCAGACAGGACCCUCCGCCCAGCAGCAGCGGCCUUAUGGCUAUGAGCAGGGCCAGUAUGGGAAUUACCAGCAGUGAGGGAUUCCCAUUCUCGUUGGAACCUGGUGGGCGCACAUCUGGGCCAGAACUGUGCUGUGUUGCUUGCCCCUCGCCCGGCACCUCGCCUGCAUGUGAAUGUGCCCACUUCAUGCUGGGUACGAUGCCACCUGCACCACUGGCACAGGACGGCACUGUGCUGGGACAUUGGGUGCCGUGUGUGGUAUUGUGUGUCAGUGUGAUGGAGCGGUUGUCCCAUUUUUGUCCCCCAUCCACUUCUCUUUGUUCCUAGCUAGUUUUGGGGGUCAUCUCGUCAUCAGUGUUCUGUGCCUGGCGAUGGGACAUAGCCGAAAGGUGCCAUGGUCCUCGUGUUCACAUGAGCUGACCUAAGUCUGCUCCCUGCUCGUGUGGUGUGCUGUGGGCUAUGAGCAGCUCUUCUGCUGGCCACACCUCCAGCUGUUGCCUCUGCAGCCCUGGCCGCCUGCCCCGGACCUCGGCAGGGGUGGGCCCCUUUGUGGGUCGGGCCAGGUUCUGUUCUGUGUGACAAGGAUAAACAUGCUUCACCUGGGAAAGCCACAAAGAUCAUUUCCAGAGCUGCCAUUGCCUCUGUCUCUCACCAACUCUGUUGAUCCAGAAAAGUAUUUGUAUUAAAAGGUGAAGAGGGAUCAGUGACUAUGUUCCAAAUAAAUGAGCCCAUGAGGAUAGCAUGUGACUAGCCUAUACAGGGAAGUCGAAUUACCGAAGAGAAGGGCAGUGCUCUGCCAGCAGGGCUGUCAGAAACGGCUUUGGCUUUGGCCUUUUUUCAUCUGAUGUCAUUUCUAGGAUUUGACUAUUUAAUAUGCCCAGUCCUAAACUUAAGUAAUUUGAAGUACUGAUACCAAAUCUUCCAGACGCUUGGCAAGUUGCUUAUUUUGUAUUAUUUCUUCCAGGACCUAGUUGGUCUGAUCUCCAAGCAAGUGUUUUUUUUCUUUUAGGGAUAUCUGAAAUCCACAUCCUAGUUUUGAAAAGAACCUCAGUAACUUUCCUGUGUCCUUUUGAAUGAAAAGUAAAGGUUUUAUAUAGUGAAAUGUGAGUGACUCUUACAUCAUAGGAUGUGCAAUCCUAUUACAUUCUGUGCAAAUAUCAAAUACAGCACACUUGGAAAAUCAUGAUCAAAGGAAAAAGCCUCUCAUAGGAGUGUGGACACUUGAUCAGCCUUUAUUUGGAUAAUAAUGACUAUAUUUACUAUGAAUCCUUUUUAAAAAAAAACAAAAUCUUUGUAUAAAUGCUGAUGUGUUUCCAAGAAUGACCCAGAAGACACAAAAACUAUACAGUGCUUGAGAUAUUAGGCCACUAAAGACAAUGUUUUCUUAAUUGAUUUUAUGUUUUAAGAAUGUAAUUACUAAUUUUUAUUUUUAUUUAUUUUAUUUUUAAAUUUUUAGUUGUAGGUGUACA